AUGGCACUGACGUUAGCGCUACCCUUAUUCGGACUAGACCCAGAGCAUUUUUCUGCCCUCAGCAUGAAGCUUCUUAAUAUUGAACGUGAACAAAAUAUGAGAAAUUUGUCCGAUUCUGGGCGAACUUCUCCAAGUACCGGAAGCGAAUCUAGUGGCAUCAGCAGUCUCGCAACAUCUGCCGAAUCGGCGUCAGUUGAAUUAACGCCGAUUUCAUCAAGACCAGAGACACCUACUAGAGUUCCGUCCAAAAGCCAGGAAAAGACUGUUCGCGUAGUAUACGGAGGUCGUGAUAUAUUGAAUUUAGGAGCGAACAUCAGGCCAUCAUUUGACUGGCAAAUGAGAGAUCGAACAUUGUCCCGACAUAACAUUCAAGAUUUUAUAACUAAUCGUCUGGUGUAUCAUCGAUUGCGUGAGCAGCCGCUUACCAAAGAUUAUCUAACGAAACGUUGCAACGAAUGUGAGUUUUGCGAACCGUCAUCUAUCUUCUGA